AUGCCCAAUUUAUCAAUAUUCAUGAGAUUUCCGCACCGUGUAGUACGUCUACUCGACUGGUUUGAUCAACACCCCGGCGAGAGAGAUGUUAUUUUUGAAACUCCAGGAUGUUCAGACCAGAAUAUACCUCCAAGCAAUUGUUACCCUCUAAUAGCUUUGGAUAUAUACUCAAAGGUGGAAGACAAUGGAUGUGUGGUAGAAAGGCUCACAAACAAAGGGAAUAUCAGUGUGGAUAACAGAUUGCGGCAGCUUAGAAAAGAUAUUGAAGACGGGGAACCAGGAACUGUUCAGAGGCUCGCGCAAAUUUUCGCCCCUUCCGUGAUUCAAAUCAAAAAAGAAAUCAUGAGGUGGAAAAUAGUCUACCAAAAGCUGAAUCAAGAGAUUAUGGAAAAAUCUCCUGGCCUGCAUUUGGAGAGCAUUAUGAAAUUUGAAGACACUGGGCUAAACUUGAAUUAUCAAGCUCAAAAUAACGUAUUCACAGAUGCCACUGAUGGUUCUUUAUCACCUUACCAACUUUGGGAUAGAUUGCAUAUUUACUGGAGCAAAAACGCGAAGUAUAAUCUAUAUUGUAGACCAUCUUCCAGUGGAUCAUUAGCGAGAAUGGGGCCGGGAGUACACAGUAUUCAUGAUGCUGCGCCACGUCGAAAACGAAGAAUUAACUCUGACGAGGAAAGUGCUGCUGUAACAGUCGAUUCUGAGAAAGAAACUGAACACCAGACACCAUGUACUAUUAUGAAGCGUACACGCAAUGUCCAGAACCUUUCCUCAGAUUGCAGAACGGACGUCCGUUGCAAUAAGAACACGAAAAGAAGGCGCACAAAUAUGCAUAGAAUGGAAGCAAUGACUGGCGACGAUCCUGGUCCCAGGAAUGAAGAACAAGCACAACCGAUCUAUGAGUCCGCACCUUAUCAACACCAAGAAGAAGAGCUCCGGAUAAAAGAGCUUCAGCUUCGCAUAGAGCUACAAAAUUCGGAGAACACGGCAGCAGCUAUACGCCUGACCCAAAAAUUCGUAGAUGGAAAUGAGGUUGCUGAAAUUCUUCAUACUCUUCCAGGUCAUGCUAUGGCUUGA